GACUUGCACGAUGCUCAAACACCAUUUAGCAUUUCCGUUUACCGACAGUACCCUCGCCUACUUCCUCAUAAUCUAUAUUAUCCGAUGGAGUAUUCCGUAAUUUGGGAUCUCUUUUAAUUACGAUUAUAGUUAUAGUUUGCAUGUGAGGAUUCGAUGAAUUACGAUUCCUUUUCAUGCGAUCCCUGCAAUUUCUGUUUAUAAUUUAGAGGAAUCGGAAGAAGAAUGCCAGGUUGUGAAUGAGUGAGAGAGAGAGAUGGAUUCUGCUAGGAGUUGGUUUCAGAAAUUCCAACCUAGAGUGAAAACUGGACCUACCCAAUUGAAUGGAAGGGAAAAUGUGAAGGAUGUGCGUAAGUCUGUGAUUGAUGAGGCGCCUUCAAAUGCAACGAAACAGAAGGCUGAGGCAGCGAAGCAGUAUAUCGAGAACCACUACAAAUCCCAAAUGAAGUGUUUGCAAGAUAGGAAGGAGAGACGCUGGGUGUUGGAGAGGAAGCUUGCUGAUGCUGAUGUUUCUAAGGAAGAGCAAAUGAAUAUUCUGAAAUAUUUAGAGAAAAAGGAGACAGAAUAUAUGCGUCUUCAAAGACAUAAGAUGGGUGUUGAAGAUUUUGAACUUUUGACCCUUAUAGGAAGGGGUGCAUUUGGGGAGGUGAGACUUUGCAGAGAGAAAGCUACUGGCCAUGUGUAUGCAAUGAAGAAGCUGAAGAAAUCUGAGAUGCUUCGCAGAGGUCAGGUGGAACAUGUUAAAGCUGAAAGAAAUCUUCUUGCUGAAGUUGAUAGUGCUUAUAUAGUCAACCUUUACUGCUCUUUUCAAGAUGAGAAGUUUCUGUAUCUUAUAAUGGAAUAUCUUCCUGGUGGCGACAUGAUGACAUUACUAAUGCGCAAAGAUACCUUGACUGAGGAUGAGGCCAGGUUUUAUGUUGGGGAGACAGUCCUGGCCAUUGAGUCUAUUCACAAGCACAACUACAUCCACAGGGACAUAAAGCCUGACAAUCUACUGCUUGAUCGUAAUGGGCAUUUAAAGCUUUCAGAUUUUGGCUUGUGUAAGCCCUUGGAGUGUAGUAGUUUUCCAAAUCUUAGUGAGAAUGACCAUGGAGUGGAAAAGGAUUUCAAAUCUUCAGGGGAGAGUGGCAAGCACUCUAGUCUGCAUUCUGCACCAAGACGGACACAACAGGAACAGUUAUUGCACUGGCAAAAGAACAGGCGAAUGUUGGCUUAUUCUACCGUGGGAACACCAGACUACAUUGCCCCAGAAGUACUACUGAAGAAAGGAUAUGGAAUGGAGUGUGACUGGUGGUCUCUUGGAGCAAUCAUGUAUGAAAUGCUUGUGGGGUAUCCACCUUUCUAUUCUGAAGAACCAAUGUCAACAUGCAGAAAGAUCGUAAACUGGAGAACCCAUUUGAAAUUCCCUGAAGAAGCUAAGCUAUCCGGUGAGGCUAAAGAUCUCAUUUGUAGGCUCCUCUGCAAUGUUGAGCGGAGGCUUGGGACAAAAGGAGCUUAUGAAAUAAAAGCACAUCCUUGGUUUAAAGGAUUACAAUGGGAUAGAUUAUAUCAGAUGGAAGCUGCUUUCAUACCAGAGGUCAUGGAUGAGUUAGAUACUCAGAACUUUGAAAAGUUUGAAGAGUUAGCAGCUCCAGUACAAACUCCAUCAAAAUCGGGUCCAUGGAGAAAGAUGCUUCCAUCGAAGGAUACGAAUUUUGUCGGCUAUACAUACAAGAAUCUUGAGAUCAUGAAUGAGGAUCAUAUACCUGGCGUUGCUGUGUUAAAGAAAAAGACUAACAAGCCCAAGAGACCCUCUGUUCGGUCAUUAUUUGAGACACCUGAUCCGCCGCCUUCUUUGGGAAGCUUUCUGAACCUUCCACCUACACAAUCAGUGGUCGUUGAAAGCCCCGAGCCAUUGACUCGGUCUGCUAGACCUCCACAACAUCAACUCAAGCCUAACCGAAGAUAACAACAAAAGUAAUUGUCCAUAGCCAAAGGAAAGACAAUGAAAGGAAUUCUUUCUUGUCUAAGAAAAGCAAAGCAAUAUAGAGCAAGUGUUCCUAACUAUAUUGUAAGUUCUGUAAUUCAUCUUACUUAGCGUAGAAUCGCCUUAGUAGACAGCAAUGGAAGAAAUUUUACGCUACAGCUUUUUGGUAAGCUGUGGAUCAAGUUCAUUGCCUCUAUGUUUGCAAUGCGUGCUGUAAUUAAAUGGCUGAACUUAAUAUGGUUAAUUAUAAAUCAUUUAAGCUGAUAAUGUCA